AUGGUAGAUCAUAGGUUUUGUAAGUCUUUAUGGGGUUCAGAAAAUGUGGAAUUUGUUGUAAGCUCAGCUGUUAAUACUGCGGGAGGGUUGCUAAUUAUGUGGGAAAAAGGGUUUUUUAGGAUGACUAAUUCGUUUCAGGGGGUGGGCUUUCUGGGAGUAAAGGGGUUUUGGGGAGAUGAUAGGGACCCCUGUUAUAUUAUUAAUGUUUACUCUCCAUGUGCUCUUUCUGGUAAGAGGGAAUUUUGGAAGGAGCUGGUAGGGUUGAAGAGGUCAGAGGGGGAAGGGAUUUGGUGUGUGUUGGGGGACUUUAACGCAGUUCGGGACAGGGAUGAGAGAAGAGGUCGGGAAAAUGUUCGCUCACUAGGAGGGACUGAAAUUAGAGAAUUUAAUGAGUUCAUUGAGUCCAUGGAGCUGUUAGACAUCCCAUUAGUUAAUAGGAAAUUUACUUGGUAUAGGAGUGGAGGCCAUGCUAAAAGUAGAAUAGAUAGGUGUUUGGUUUCAUUAGAUUGGCAGAUGAAAUGGCCCAAUUGCGCUCAAUAUGUUCUAAAGAGGUCGGUGUCGGAUCACUGUCCUCUUGUUCUAAAACAGGUUGAGGCAAAUUGGGGUCCAAAACCUUUUAGGAUCCUGAAUGUCUGGAUGGAUAACCCUCUAUUUGUAAAGAUGGUGGGUGAAAAUUGGAAUGAAUUUGAAGUUCAGGGGUGGGGAGCAUAUGUGCUUAAAGAAAAACUUAAAAAAUUAAAAGAUGAAAUAAAGCUUUGGGUCAAAAAAAACUUUAAGGAUAUUAGGGAGGAGAUCAAAAGAACGGUGGAUGAGAUAAACAUGAUAGAUAUGGAAGAUGAGAAUGGUGGGGUGAGUGAUAAGGAUUUGAUUAGGAGAAAAGAACUAACUGCAGAAUUUUGGAGGUUAUCAAAGUUAAAUGAAUCUGUUUUAUGGCAAAAAUCAAGAUGUAGAUGGGUUAAGGAUGGGGAUAGGAAUUCUAAAUAUUUUCAUGCAGUCAUCAACAAAAGAAGGUGCUCUAAUUUUAUAUCAGGCAUUAGGAUUGGUGACAAAUGGGUGGAGGAACCUAGCAGGGUUAAGGACGGGGUGAGAGAGUUUUUCUCAGAUAGGUUUCAGGAUUCUAGUUGGAAUAGGCCUAGGCUAGAUGGGGUUGACUUCAAGUCAUUGGGGGAGUGGAUCGUAGGUUUCUAG